AUGUGACCGGCACAUCAGCAACUAUUGGGACUUUGCCAGGAUCGUAUGGUCGAACUGACGACGUCAAACCUGUGCGCGACGAUUCCCGUUCUGAGGUGGUCGAGUUGCAGGAUGGAAAAGCUAUGGAAAUAAGCAAUGACUCCCUUUUCGCGAUAGAGUCGGUCAAGCUCGCACAUCAAAGGGCCGACCUUCGGGCUAUCCUCAGAGACGAAGUGAAAGCGGCGACGGGCAGGAUAUCCGUUAGCGUGUGUGGCUCACAGAGCACAACUCGGUCUGUUCGUGGUGUUCUUCGGUUCCCGGUUUCUAGUCCUCUCAGUGUAGCCAACGGUGGGCCGAGUGUGACUACACAUCGAGUCGUUUGGUUACGCUUGAAAGAGGGUUUAGAUCGAAACGAACUUCAGAUGCUUAUUGAUAUAUACGAAAUGACAGUAUGCCCAUGUACUUCAAGUGAUUCUUGCGGAUCUCGGACAAGGGAUGUUUAGACGACUUCGGGACUGACUGCAUUCGAUCAUAAUUGAUAUUUUUCUGUAUUGAAAUUAACACCUCAUGUGGCAAGAUGCAAUUUACGAUGUACGUGAUAGUUGAG